UUGAAAAAAGCAGCAAUAAAAUCAAGCAUUUUUGGCCACAACAAUCACACAAAACCUCCAUGAAAUCCUGUACGGACCAGCUAUGUGUUGUUCAUAGCAUACAUUUACAUUUACACCAUUUGGCAGACACCUUUAUCCAGAGUGACUUAUAUUUAUCUCAUUUAUACAUCUGAGGGGUUGAGGGGUAAGGGCCUUGCUCAAGGGCCCGACAGUGGCAGCUAGGCAGUGCUGGUGUUUGAACUCACAACCUUCUGAGCAUUAAUCAAACACCUUAACCACUGAGCCACCGCUGCCUGUCUAGCCUUUAUACACAUAUGUAAAAAUGUUUAUAUUUUUUUUCCAAAUUACAUUUGUGACCGCUCUUUCUUGAGAAUAACUUCACCAGAGCUUCUCUUUGUGGGUUGGACAUGCCAGUUUUAAUAACUCGUAAUACUAAAACUUGUCUCUGGAAAAUUUGGCGUUUUUAAUUGAAUGUAUUGAGUGAAUGAAACAAUCACUUGCUCAUAAUAUCAGAAAAAAAAGAAUCUCACUGGCGCCACCAACUGGUGUAAUGAUGUAAGUUACGGAAAGAAUCAGUGAAAGAAUCUGGUGAACGAGGCACUGGGAUGAAAUGAAAUCAGCACCGCUACUGUGUAAUACACUGGAGUGACAGGAGUGUGAGCCAAUCGCCAGGACGCUGACGUCAUCACUGCGUCAUUGUACGUGUAUGUGUUUGUGUGUGUGUGCGCGGAUGCGGGAGUCAGACAGCAUAAUUUUCAUCGUCAUCAUGGGGUAUUUAUCAGCACUGACCUGUGCUGCUCUUCUCAUCACACAGGUUUUAGGAGAAUACGGUGUGGCUCAUUUCAGUGCGUUGGGAGAAAGCAAAGAGAAGGAUUACUGCAUCCACUUCAACUCCCGCUGGACUCCUUUACCUCCACACCUCAACACCAUGUCCGCAGUGGAGGUGUAUGACCUGACCCCGUCUGUGCUUUGCUCCGACUCAGACGUCCCGGAUGGCGGGUUUCCAGAUCAUGUUGCCAUGGCGAUGCGGGGGAACUGCACACUGUAUGAAAAAGUUCGUUUGGCCCAAAGCAAUGGUGCAAAAGGUCUCCUGAUUAUCAGCAAAGCAGGGCUGAUCACUCCGAAGGGGAACGAAUCUCAGUAUGAGGAGAUCAACAUUCCCCUCGCUGUAAUCAGUUACACGGACAUGCUGGACAUCCGCAUGCAUUUCAGAGACAGGAAGCAGGUGGUGCUGUACUCUCCUACGGGGCCGCGGUUGGACGUUAGCAUGGUGCUGAUGUUCCUCAUGGCCGUGGGGACAGUAGCAGGUGGAGGGUACUGGACCGGUGUCCAAGAAAUCAAAAAACUGAUGAAGGAGGAGGCGAGUGGAGAGAAAGAGGAAAGCGAGACGGUGAACAUAACUCUGUCCACGAUCACCGUGUGGGUGGUGAUGUGCUCCCUCAUGCUGGUGCUCCUUUAUAUGUUCUACAAUUAUCUGGUGCUCAUCUACAUUGGGAUUUUCUGUCUCGUCUCCUCUGUGGGUCUUUACAACUGUCUCUGGCUUAUCGUCCACAGAAUUCCUGUCGGGAAGUGCAGGAUUCCCGAGAACAAGCUGCCCUACUUGAAAAAGCGGCCGGACGUGCGAAUGCUGCUGCUGGGUUUGUUGUGUGUGAGUGUGAGCGUCACCUGGGCUGUGUUCCGCAACGAUGACUGGUGGGCGUGGGUGCUACAGGACACACUGGGCAUGGCUAGCUGCCUCUACAUUCUGACAACAUUCAGACUGCCCAGCUUCAGAGCGUGCACUCUGCUCCUCACGGCUCUGUUAGUGUAUGAUGUCUUCUUCGUGUUUAUAACACCUUACAUCACUAAGAGUGGGGAGAGCAUCAUGGUUGAAGUAGGAGUGGGUCCCUCUGAUUCAUCCACACACGAGAAGCUCCCGAUGGUUCUAAAGGUUCCUUACAUGAGGUUUUCUGCUGUGGUUCUGUGUAAUUGGCCGUUCUCACUGCUGGGUUUGGGAGACAUUAUAAUUCCUGGUCUGCACGUAGCGUACUGCCACAGGUUUGAUGUUCUCGUACACUCAUCACAGGUUUACUUCCUGGCCUCCACUGUUGGGUACACUGUGGGUCUGAUCCUCAGCUUUGUGUGUGCGUUUCUGAUGAACUCGGCUCAGCCGGCUCUGCUCUAUCUGGUUCCAUGCACUCUGCUGUUCAGCCUGCUGGUGGCAGUGUGGCGCUCAGAACUGAAGCCCUACUGGAAGGGGGCUGUGUCUCUGCCUUCUCCUGUCGCCAUGACACCCGUCACUCAAACACUAAACCCACCCACGUCCGAGAGCUCAGCUAAUCAGGAGCCAGAUGUGAGUGACGUGACCAAUCAGGGUGAAGACCCGCCUCCACCUACAGAGGAGGAAUGUCUUCAGAGGACAGAAGACAGCCGGUGAAGAGGACUAAAGGCAAAAGGGGACGCCUUUCCUUCUUAAUUCAUCAAUUUUUUUAUUUAUUUCUAUUUUAUGGCCUGUGAUUUUUAAACUGAUCUUUCAAAUAAAUAAAUAUACAGGGAAAUUAAAAGAAUUAUUUCUGUGCACCUGAUCGAUUAUCUGAUGCAGAUUUACACGAAAUUAGCAUUAUUUAUUAGAUUAUUAAUUAUUUUUAAC